ACGCUUGGGAAGGAAGGGGACUACGGAGGGGCCGUCCUUGCAUUUCAUGUUUCGUCAGCCCGACAGCAUUUUGGCUUUGCUUCCAUCUUGCUCCUACCUGCUCCUGGACAGUGACGGGGAGGAGAGAAGGCACCGUCCCACCAUGUCUCGUUACAGCCUCCAUAAUCUCCUGGACUGGAUGUAUGGGGGUGUGGACCCCAGCUUUGCUGGCAACGGAGGGCCAGAAUGCGCGGCCUUUCUCUCCGGGCAGCAGCGCUUUCUGGAGAGUUUGGUCUUCCUCAGUGUGGGCGUCGUGGAGAUCCUUCUGUCCCUGGGGAAGCUCAGGCAGCUGCAUUUCAGGGAGCUGGAGGGUCAUCUGCUGCAGCAGCCCCAGGCUAAGCAGGAGAGCUUGGGCAAGAACGUGCUGCUGGUGGUGCUGUGUCUUAUCUUUGGGCUGGAGGUGGGGUUCAAGUUCGCCACCAGGACCGUCAUUUACCUCCUGAAUCCCUGCCAUGUGGUCACUAUGAUGCAGAUUUUUCUUCUUGCCUGUCCUCCCUGUCGGAUUGCAAUGAUUCUCUUCAGGUUGCAGAUGCAUAUGCUGAAUGGGGCCCUCUUGGCACUGCUGUUUCCUGUUGUUAAUACACGCCUGCUUCCAUUUGAAAUGGAAAUUUAUUACAUCCAGCAUGUGAUGCUUUAUGUUGUGCCCAUCUAUCUGCUGCGGAAAGGAGGUAUCUACACUCCAGAACCACUCUGCAAUUUCUGGUGGGCUCUUUUAUCCACGGGGUUUAUGUUUGUAUAUCAUUUUAGCAUCUUGCAGAUUCUGGGAUUGGUUACAGAAGUGAAUUUGAACAACAUGUUGUGCCCAGCCGUCUCAGAUCCUUUUUAUGGGCCCUGGUAUCGAAUCUGGGCAUCUGGACAUCAGACUGUCAUGACCAUGACUCAUGGGAAGCUUGUAAUCCUACUGUUUUACAGUGCUGUCCCCAUCUUUAAAUGUAGCGUGGACUUGCUCAGACUCCCAGCUAAGAAAAUAGACUGAAAUUUCUCCCCGCGGAGCAGUACGUACAGGAAGCAGAGAUACUUAUACUGGAAAACAAAGAGGAGGGAUGAGAGGACAAUGCGUUUAUACUUCUCCCCACGGUUUAUUGCCUCAAAAACACCUCUAUAAUCAAGUGAGGUUUUUUUUAACUGCUGUUUCUCACUGCCUAUUGCCAAUGGCAAAAUUAGUGGCCUUAUUCUGGAGAAGGUUCGUGUUUUAUACAUUUUGUGUAGAUUACAGUAGAAUCGUGCUAAGCCACCGUUCAAAAUUAGGCCAGGAUCUGUCCACAUUCCAGCAGAGAGUGGCAGUGCUACCUCGUUUUGACUUAUUUUCCAUUAAAUGUAAGUACACUUACAUCACAGGAUAGGAAAUAAAGCUGAAUUACAACACUCCACUGAUGCGAACAGAACACAGGUUGAAGUGCAUCAUCCUGGCUGAACUCUUAGCACUUGAAUGUUGCAAAAUGGUCGCAGUGAAACGAUGUACACUUAAUCUCCCAGUCGUAGGUGCGAAACAGUGAGGUUCUACUGUAUUUUCUUUAAGCUGGUUGAAAAUGUUGGGGAACAAUAACUGAUUCAAAAAAAAUUUUCUUUUUUUAAAUUGACUGCUUAAUUUCUAAGCUGCUGUGGAUAAAUAUCUGUCUGGCUGAGUCCCAUCAGAUCUUGAUGCUAUGGAGAUGCUUUUAUUUGAGCGAGUGGAAAAACACCAUGUUGAAAUAAUUUCAAAAGACCAUGUUACGUGUAAGCCAUGAUAAGGUAUUUCAUCCACUGUUCUGACCUGACUUUGAACAAAAUGGGUUUUUCACUUAGCUUAGACUGGAGAGGGAGUAGAGAUACAAAGUCCAAUGUAAACAUCAGCGUUUUCUUUUUUUACUUACUAGCUUUUGAAACAUUCCUCCUCUGUGUUCUACACUGAUCCUCGCUCAGUAGAGCGGUUAGUGAAGAAACAAAAUGAAACUAUGAUGUUCUCUCUCUACAGCUCUAAUACACUCUGUAGGCUGAUUUUAAAAUACAGCUAUGAAAAGGAAUGUCAAAUCAGUGCAGGCCUCUACUGAAAAGAAAGUGUUCCAGUUUACUAAUACGACUAUAUCUUCCUGUCAACACGUCUUUUGGAGAACGGGAUGUAGAUAGGCAGAAUGAUGAACAGUAAACUGUGGGUACCUGUUCAAAUUUCCCAAGGCUAGAGGAGAAGCUGUUGGGCAGGAAGAUGGGAAAUCUUGAGUGUGUUCCUCCAGAUAGUUACGUGUGAGUCUGUUAUGCAGACUGUUGUGUUUCAGGGCUGCAGGAAUUUUGUUGUACAAAAGUUCGUUGCAAUUUACAGAUUCAUUGUCUUGUCAAAGCUGUGACUUGCAAGAUAAAACAAAACCAUCAUACCUCCUCCAGCUGGAUCACCUGAAGAUAUAUUCUGAAGUUAAGGUACAGUCAUUUAUACCUCAAGAAGGAAAAGUAAGAAUGACAAGUGGUUGACUUCCCCCCCCCCCCCCCAAAAAAAAAAGAAAAAUUUUCAUUGGAGAGGGAACAAAAGGCUACUUCCAAUAUUUUUAACUUCGUAUGAUUAAAAAAAAAAGUACACCUCAAUCAGAAAUAUAUUGUCCCACGUUCUAAUUUACAAACUGGUUUCUGGCUUUCUUCCAUGCCUUGCUGUGUGUACAUAUACAUAAUAAAUGUACUGUACUCUCCCAACUUGAGAACAUGAGACGUAUGCCACGUAUACCUAAACUAUCCAUCAGCCACGUAUAGCUUAGUUAUACAGACGGCUCUGUGUAACGGCUCCUUGUGUUUGUAAUCAGAAUUCAACUUGAGAAAGCUAAGCACGGGAUAAUAAGAACUACCAGCAUACAGAGUUAACGGUCAAUUGUUGAUCCUGCAAAUGUCCAAAAGUACACAAUGAAUUUCAUUGAGCAGUCUCGCUGCCGCCUCAGGAAAGCUGGGCAUAUGUUGCUUAAGUAUUUGUAGAGUGAGGCCUAAAGAAAGAAUGUGUUGGUUUCGAAGGCCUGAAUCCGCCUGUGGAAGACCACUUAAUUAGCUGCUGAAGUGACAGAAGUUCUUGCUAUUUAUUUUGGCAGAUUCAGUAUUUCAUGAUGAAAU